GUUUCCCGGCACAUUGAAACAUUCUUCUAAAUUUCACUACUAAUUCAUUGAAUUCUGCAGUAAAUGGUGCAUACAUUGGAUAAAAGAUUAGAUCAUACCACAACAAGAGUGAAAAGGUCCAACAAAUCUACCUCAACUAACGCCAAAGUUAACUUACAGUAAUGCGUUGGAUUCACAAGGGAAAGCCAUUGUUUGAUGCUGCCAGUAUAGUCAGUGGUGCUAUAGUUGGAGGAGUAGCUGUUGCAGUUGCUUGGGUUUAUUCCACUAAAGAUGGACCUGAUGCUCCAAAGUAUCCAUUCCAAGUCACAGCAUCAUGGACAACUAAUUCUGAGCCAAGUGUCAAAUGGGAUCACAAUUGGGACAAAAGAGACCCAGAAUCUAAGACCAGACCAAAGAAAAAUAAUGAAGAUGAAAUUGAUUAUGAGAAAAGAUUGGCCAAAAAUAAACCAACAGCUACGAGGCAUCUUUUCCUUAUAAGGCAUGGUCAGUAUAAUCUAGAAGGAAUUACAGAUUUUGAAAGAAAAUUAACUGCUCUUGGGAAAGAACAGGCUGAUUUUACUGGUUUAAGGUUAAGCCUGAUGAAACAGCCUUGGACAAAACUGAUAUCAUCUACCAUGACUCGGGCCAAAGAAACUGCUGAUAUUAUAACCAAACAUUUACCAGAAGAUGUGCCCCGUGACUAUUGUGAUUUUCUACGUGAAGGAGCACCAAUACCGCCAGAGCCACCUGUUGGCCAUUGGAGACCUGAACAUCAGCAGUUUUUCCAGGAUGGAUCCCGCAUUGAAGCAGCAUUUAGGAAAUACUUCCACAGAGCUGAUGCUGAUCAAUUAGAAGACAGCUAUGAAAUUCUGGUGUGUCACGCUAAUGUCAUCAGAUACUUUGUGUGCAGAGGUUUACAGUUUCCCCCUGAAGCGUGGUUAAGAAUCUCCUUGAACAAUGGCAGCAUAACCCACAUGUAUAUCCGCCCUAAUGGACGUGUUGGCAUCAGAUACAUGGGCGAAUCAGGACACAUGCCCGUUGAGAAAGUUACAUCAACUUGAUGUUUAGUGGAAAACAACCAAAUCCUAUAAUAGAUGAUCAAUAUGAGCCAUAGAUGAUAUAAGAAUUAAGUUGGCACACCGUGAGAAAAAAUGCCAUUGAGGAUAAUGUCUCAAACAUGAUGACAAUCUGAAUUGUUUCCAUGCUUCCACCUGACCUGACAGUCAAUUGCAAUUCGCCCAAAUCAAAUUGCACUUACUAUUUACCUUUCAGGUAUAAUAUCCUCUUUCAAGCCUCUAAUACAUCUUUGAAGCAUU